AUGGAGGGACAACAAUAUCGUAAAGUUAGAUAUCCCUCUUCUGUUGAUGAAGAAACGGCGGUCCUUGUGAAAAAAGAUACAUUCUCUUCCAACUAUCCUUGUUCUUCCAAAUCACCAUUAUUUAAUGAUAAAUAUCCAAUGCACGUAUUAUCACAUCCAGACAAUCCUAUCGUUUUUACUCAUAGGAUUUCUUAUGAUACGGGAAAGGACAUAUAUUAUGAAAAUGGAAUUACCAAUAAAAUAUAUCUAGAAUUUUGGGACCGUGGAAUUCUCGAGUUUAACAAUAUCGUAUAUUAUCCUUCAUAUGAUCAUAAUCGCAAUCAGUAUUGUAGAAUUGCAUAUUUAACUCGGGAUAACUUCGGCGAAAAUUUCAGGAAACCAUCCUAUAUGGUUUGGAAAUUUGAUUAUGCCCCAACAAAUCUACAGAUUUCGGAGGGAACAGUUAGGUUACAACACUCCACAUUAAAUCCUGAUACACAAAUUGUGUGGUAUAUAUGUAAACUUACUGGCAGUGAUCCUAUUGAUCAAAAAAAUUUAAAUUGGAAAAUGAUUUGUUUUAACCCAACCAUAAAUCAACAACAUAAUUACUUAUACUUCAACGUAUUAAAUGAUGAAUCUAUAACCUACUUGAUUAAAGGCGGGACAGGAUUUAUGCUAAGAGUUGAAUUGAUAGGUGGCUACAAUUGGGAGGAUGCGCAAUUAUUCAGACAAAAUAUGGAUGAAAGGGAUCCUCAAGGACUCUAUGCUCAGACUGAGACCUCACCAUUUGGGAUGGAUAUUAGGAUUAAAUUGAAACAAAAGAAAACUGAUGAGCCUAAUUCUAAAAGAUCUAUCGUGUAUCAAGCUUCCAAAAAAGAAGAAAUUACGAAUAAUCCAUCCGAUCCAUUUGUAACCGGAUUAUUUAAUAACAUUUAUAGGCUUAACGUUUUACCACAUCAAGAAAAGUCAAACACCUUCCUACAUAGGAUGUCUUACAAUGCUCGAACGGACGCGUAUUACGAAAAUGGUAUCAUUAAAAAGAAAUAUUUAAGGAUAUGGCGAAGAGGAACAUUAAAGUGCAAAAAUAUAGCUUACGAUGCAGAUGAUCGUUCGAAUACGAUUUAUUUGUGCAAAAAUCCAUUCUCUUCAGUAUGGUCCCCUUCGCUAAUCAUGUGGAAAUUUGAUUACAGACCCGGAAAUUUAUUAAUUUCAUCAUUAUCUAUAAAGCUUGAUACCGCAAUGGAAAGGAACUAUUAUAUAUCCUGGUCAAUUUUAGCUUUUCCCUCGAAUAAGAAUCGAAAUCCUGAAUGGAAAUCGAUAGAAUUUGAGACAGAAAUGAUUUCUCAUGAUGUGGUAAAUUAUUUUUCCUGGAACGGUAGAAAAGAUAUUUCGGAUCUUGUUAAACACGAAUAUGGAUUCAUUUUGAAAGGGGAAAUCGUGUAUUGUUCAAGAGAACUUUCAUGGAUAGAAGCAGUACUAUUUAAACAGAAAAUGAAUAAACCUAUGCCUUUAGUGGAUGAUGAUGAAAAUUUCGGGAUGGACAUUAGAGUUGAAUUGGUUCCUGAUAUAAAAUGCGACCAAUUACCUUUGUUACAAUGGAAAGGUAGUUUUUCUGCGACCUUGAAUGAUAAAAACACUUGUGACUUUAUCAUAAUUCUAAAACAAAACGAAUUCAAGGGAGAAUUACAAAAUUGUAUCCCGGAUUUUAAAGGAGAUUUCUAUGUUCAUUCUUAUAUCCUCUCAGAGUUCUCAGAUUAUUUUAAAGCGAUGUUUAAUUCUAAUAUGCUUGAAGCAAAUGAGAGAAGGCUUGAGCUUUAUGGUGUUUCUUAUCUACUGUUGGAUAAGAUACUUUAUUUUAUGUAUUAUGGAAAGAUACUUCCUGUUAAUGGAUUGAAUCAAUGGUAUGAAUUACUUUAUGGAGCAACAAGAUUUUUUGUUCAAACAUUAAUUCAACGUUGCGAAAAAGAAAUUUCAAAGUACGUAACCGAAAGUAAUAUAUAUGAAAUUCAUGAUUUAGCGGUGGAUUGUGGUGCGCAACAAUUGAUUAGGUAUUGUGAUAUGUUUUAUAUAGGUGAUGAAAUUUAUGAAAUUUAG